AUGACAACAACUUCUUCAAAGUGGCGACCUACGUUCCACCUCAAUGCGCCAAGUGGAUGGCUGAACGACCCCUGUGGUUUGGGGUAUGACCCCUCGACCAGACUAUACCACGUCGCAUUUCAAUGGAAUCCGAGAGGAAAUGACUGGGGAAACGUGUCAUGGGGCAACUCGACAUCCUAUGAUAUGGUGUCUUGGAAGACAUCACCAGAUCCAUAUCUCACCCCUUCAACCGACUAUGACUGUUACGGCAUCUUUACUGGUUGCCUCCGGCCUACUGAUAUUGAUGGAAGUCCUGGCGCCUUGACGUGUAUUUAUACCUCAGUGAAGCAUCUGCCAAUCCAUUAUACACUUCCCUAUGUUCAGGGAUGCGAGUCACUCAGCUUAGCUGUCUCGCAUGACAGCGGGCUGACAUGGCGACGAUUGAGCUGCAACCCAAUUCUUUCAGGCCCGCCGUGCCAUCUCCAAGUCACCGGCUGGCGGGAUCCGUUUGUCUGUUUUUGGAGAGGGUCAUCGAUGCAGCUAAGUCAGUCUGAAACAGGCGAUCACCUCUAUGGUUUCCUAUCAGGGGGCGUCGUUGGAGAAACCCCUACCGUAUUUGUCUACAUCAUUAACCCGAAUGAUCUGCGGGAUUGGAAGUUUAUUGGAUGUCUAGUAGAUGUCGGAUUGAACUUUCGACCUUCUCGCUGGUCAGGAGACUUUGGAGUAAAUUGGGAGGUGGCCAAUGUUCUGGAACUCAGUAGCGAGGAAGAUGGGAUUUCCAGGACUUUCGUCAUAGUGGGCGCAGAGGGAUGUCUCCAGUCCAAAGAUGAUGUUACUGGAAGUAGAAUCAAGGCUCAAACCGCAAGAACACCGCGACAACAGUUGUGGAUGGCGCUGAAGGCCAAGUCGUCAGAUGAUGCAUCGUCCAAUUCCGCACUAGCCACGUACUCAUUUGCCGGUAUCUUCGAUCAUGGCUGCUACUACGCAGCAAAUUCUUUCUACGACCCGGUAACUGGUCGGCAUGUAUUUUACGGUUGGGUCACAGAAGAAGAUCUUCCCGAUAACCUGCGCCAUGCGCAGGGGUGGAGUGGGCUGAUCUCUCUUCCACGGACGGUGCAGCUCCAGGUCCUACAUAAUAUUGUCAGAGCGCGCAGUUCAAAGCUCCAAACAAUCACAUCCAUUGAAACAGAAGCCGAUUCCCGAGGCACAUACACCGUCCGAACAUUAGGAACCCAGCCGGAUGAUAGACUCAAGAAGCUCCGGGCCAAGGCGUCUAGUUUUACAUUGCAGAACCUGACCCUUCAUUCUUCUUGCUCUGCAGAUUCUAUUAUGACGCUGAAGACAUCAAGGUGGGAGGUGGAAGCGAGAUUUGCCGUUCAUAAGCAAUGUACUCGUGCAGGUAUUCAGAUCACACACAGCGCUAAAUUGAAAACCUCCACCGUUCUUACUUGGGAACCACUCACUGAAAAUUUCACUGUGGAACGACCACAUCCCACAUACCCAGGCAUCAACCACGGUGUCGAGUCCGCACCGCAUACGUUAUUCACAUUUCGCGACGUCCACGACAACGAGGUGGAAGAAACACUCCGAAUUCGCGCAAUAUUUGACAAAAGUAUAUUAGAAGUCUUUAUUAAUGAGCGUACUGCACUCUCCACACGCAUUUACCUGGAUGAGGACCGUUGUUCCCAAUUAGGCUUUUUUGCGGAAGGGGGAUUGAAUGGGGAUAAGGGAUUUCUUUCGAGUCCUGCUGCUGUGCUAUUGGAAGCGCAAGUUUGGGAUGGUCUGGAAGCGUGA